CUUCAAACCAAUUAACACGGAAUAAUGGUUGUAAUUUAUUUCUUUUUUCAGUGCAUUUAUUCGCCGUCGCAAAUUAGAAAACGAUUCAUAUUAAAUAUUUGUAUGUUAUGCUUGCAUGAUCAGUUUAGUUUUCGGUAUGACAAGAAUGUAAAUAAAAACAGACCUCAUUAACAAUAACGCAAUGACAUUUAGCAAAUAUUCACAUUACUGUAUUGAUAUGAAACUACAGCAGCGUACCCGUAAAGUUUAUAUUUGGAUACUAGGUAGUAUUUGAUUUUGAUAUUUUCUAUUGAGUACAUUUUUAAAACCCUAUAGUAGCCGUCUCUGUUCUUCCUGGUUCUUUGUUACACGGCAUUAUUUCUUUGUUUAUGUGUUUUGUUUUUCUUAUCAAUAUUUAUAUUUACUUAACAUGCAUACCUUCUGUGUAUCGUUUAAGAAUAUAAAACCUAUGUUUCAUAAGAAAUAUCCCCACAGUUAUAUAUUUAUAUUAAACAUAUUUUGAAAUGCAUGAUCCGCUUAAAUGCCGUACUGGUUAAUCCAACAGUAACGUGUAACGCAAGUAUGUUUCAGGGUAACUCCUGAAUGGUCAUAUAAAAACCUAUACUUAACUAUUUAGCAAGGACUAUCUUGAUUACGUUCCAAAGUUUUACAACAGAUAUUAUGAAAGAGACUUUAAUCCUUUGUGUUGAAUACAUGUUUAUUUUUUUAGAAAUAAAACAUUUAAUUGCAAGUGGUCAUGCCCGUUCAAAUGCUCUAUUUAUACGCGAUUUCGAGAUGAGAAAUUGUUGCUUAACUAAUUUCCCUUUUUUGGUAAAAGGCUGUUGAAAUUAGACAAAAAAUGAUUUCAUCUACGAGGAGUCUGGUAAAGCAUCUUUGUUACAUAUAGAAGACCUGUAAAUGUAUUCAGACAAUGGCUGAACAUACUAAUUAUUAUGAUUAUAAAUAUGUAGAUAUAAAAUUAUGAAUUAUUUAGUAAGUAGUUAAUGGUUUAUCACUAAAAAACAUUUAUGCAAUCCGAAAAUGUAAAAGUGAAAAGAAAAUUUGCCAUGUACUUUAAUUAUGCAUUUAGUUCAAGAAAUACGAACCAUUGCUAUUGUGACUAAAAUAUAUAUAAACUGUUCAUGCGCGCUGAUCCCUCACUGUCACAUACUUGAUAUACUGGCAUGUAUUUUUAUAGAUGCAUAAUGUAAAUAUGGCAUUGAUCUAUUGAUAUUUUUCUUUUCACAAUUGUAUACUCAUGGACAUUAUGUCUGAAUGUAAAUACUGAACAUCUGUAUUUCUGAAUAACACGAAUCUAGCGCGCUUCAUUGAAAUUACCAUGUUGACAUUCAAUAUCGCAUAAAUGACCCCAAACUGAAUUUCAAUCAUGAAAACAUAUCAUUGCUUUUUUCAAUUGCAUUGGUUGAUGAAUUGCUUGUUCCUAUAGUUUCCACUUUUCCAUGAUCAGACUUAUAUCCACCACACGACUCUUUAUAUACUUUAUUCUUUUGAUAAAAUUCGGACUGUUGUAAACGAUUGGUAGAAAUGUCCAUUUACUUCGUAUUUCCAUCAUAAUGAGCAGACUAAAACUGAAAGUUGAAAUACUGAGCUAUUUAAUUUAUAAUAUCCAUCGUAAAGUAGCAUACACUAAUUGCAUUGCAUUGUAUUUCGUACAAAAAUAUGACAUUGCAAUUCGCUUUUAUUAUUUUAUAGGCAGCGACUCGAUCACUUUAGAGGUAAAUAAAUCAAACAUAGAAGAAAAGAAACAACUUACCCUGACAUGCUCUACACAGAUGCCUCAGGCAUAUAUCCAAUUUGUGUACGUAUCAUCGAACAAUUCUUUUACUAGCGCUGCUUACGUGUUAUACAACACAACAUCAGGCGCCUGUAUUCAGUAUAUUGUCAGAGAUGAGGUUCUCUUCGACUGCUUCUGUGAUAAUUCGAAACGGUACAUAUGUCACACAAAGCCUCUAACGAGAAAUAACAAUGGCGAUGGUUGGUUCUGUUUUGGAGCAAACUCAAUAAAAAGCAAUGUAGUUUAUAUCAGCAUCAUAGUACCAAUUCAAUCGGCAACAAUACUGGAAGACAUACAAGAGGUGAUUGAUAUACAGGAAGGAGGAUUGGUACGCUUAACCUGCGAGUCGCCUUUUGGUAUUCCGGCGGCGAAUAUCACAUGGUUUCUUGACAACAAAACCAGAAACGCUUAUGAUGAUGAUUUAGAGAUUUCUUUAAAACUGAGUGCAUCGGUUAAAAAGAAUACCGACAGGACGUACAACACAACAAGCAGCCUUAGUCUUAACGUCAGUAGAAAUGAAGAUGGAGAAGCCGUGUAUUGCAAUGCAAGUAAUUCAUUGUCCAAUGUAGCAUCAAGUAGAAAACUUAUUUUAAAUGUGAGAUACAACCCGGAGACUAGUAUAUUGAUAAAUAAAAACGAAAGUUAUUCCGACUUUUACAUGAUCCGGAAUGCUCCAACUAUUCAACGUCUUCAAUGUGACGUUCGUGGUGGUAAACCGUUUGCAACUUUGACAUGGUCGUGCUACGGAGGAAAUCAAACAAACAACAACACUUCUACGGGUGCAACCAGUAACAUAACUUGGAUUUCAGGGAUUCAUAAUGAUUCAGUGUGCAUCUGUAAAGCAUCACAUGUUCUUGGGUGGUCAGAUGAAAGGAAAGUCUCUGUCCACGUAUUAUAUCCACCAUCUGAGCCAAAGUGUAAAAUUGGUACGGCGACAAUUAGAAGUGGACCAGUUAAUGUUUCUGUAGCUUCGAACUUUACAAUGACAUGUACUAGCGAUGCUAAUCCAGAACCUACUACAUUCAUAUGGUGUUUUCCAAACGGAAACUGCACAAAGAGAAACAUAUUAUUUAUACCUUCUAUGCAAAUCGAAAAUGAUGGGAUUUAUAAUUUGUAUAUUCAAAAUACAAUGACACCCAGCAUUGGAGACAACAUGGGUGGAAACAGAAAUGCUACAUUUUCACUUCGUGCACACUAUCAUCCAAAGGAUGUAUAUUUCCAUUUCGAUAACAAGAACGGUAUUUGUAUCCGCUCUACGAGUAUUGCAGUUAUCAAAAACGACAACGUUACUCUCGCGUGUGUAGCAGACGGAUAUCCUGCCCCGAAUUAUACAUGGACAGGCAAUACAGUUGGACAGUUAUAUCAUCGAGCAUUCAUUGGUGAUACAGAAAUCGUCUGCAAUGCAUCUAAUACGCUUCUUCCAACUGGACAUGAAAUAAUUGAACAAGAAAGAAUUACCAACGCUAAACUCCAAGUGGAUGUUUUAUAUCCAUCUACGCGUCCAAAUCUUCAACUUCUUGCAUGUUCAAGUAUGAGGGUCGAAAGCGGACACUAUAUCAAAGUCAUUAUCGGUGAAGCAUUGUACAUUAACUGUUCUUCGAGCGGAAAUCCACCACCAACUUACUUCUGGUCUGAUGGAAAACAUUCAAGUCAGUUUUACAUUACAAAUGUGUUAAGAAGCCAUGCCUCGGAGUAUUUCUGCACUGCCCAUAAUACCAUGAACGCUUCAUACGGGAAGAGUAUUUCAUCAUCGAUGACGUCAAGUUUUUAUCUCGAUGUUUUAAAUCCACCGAAGAUAUCAAACUUUAGGACAAUCAUUGAAGUCCCUGAAGGUGAAAACUUCAGUUUAAUUUGUAACGCGGAACCGGGAAACCCAAACGUCACAUCAUAUUUUUGGACAAGUUUACACCAACCUGAUAGAAAUACAUCGGACCAAUACCUCGUCAUUAAGAAUAUAUCUCGGACGAAAGAAGGUGUAUAUACAUGUUUUGCUCAAAAUAUUAUGCAACCUACUGGAUGUCCAGAAAUACGUGGAAGCGAUAGGGAAAGCGUUUAUGUGGAUGUUAAAUAUAAAGCGUCAAUUGAAACAUUUAUAGCUGAGAACACUAUGGUAUCUCACGGCAAUGAUCUAACAUUUGAAUGCUGUGUAGACAGUGAUCCUCCUGCUAAUAUUACAAUGUUAUCACCUAUUGGGUCCGUCCUAAUAUAUAUAACUGGAAGUAAUCAGUUACAUUACACCAAGAAAAGUUCGUGCUUAGAGGAUAUCGGUCUGUUUACGUGUGUGUCUGCCAACAAGCACAACCGUAUGCAACCCGACAUAAGAAGCGUAAUAGUGGAUGUAAAAUGUCCUCCUAUGUACCCGUCUGCCUACAGGCAAUCGACAACAAUAAAAACUAUACCUGGGGAAAAGGCAAUUUUAAAUUUCAGUGUUUUUUCGAACCCACCACCAAUGUUUUUCAUAUGGACCAACAGUUCAAGCAAUUUGCGAAUUCCGUUUGACACAACCACACUUAACCGAGUGUUUAUCAACACUACAUAUACCAUGUCAUCUUCGCUUAUUAUAUCAAGCGUAGAACCCUGGGACUACGGAAAUUACUCCGUAAUGGUGCAAAACGAAAUUGGCAGCAUGAUCGAAACGUUUCUCAUUGUUGAAGACAGUAAGAGAUUUAACACUGAUCCUACCAAAGAAUCUUCAACGUCAGCCAAUUCUGACAGUGGUACUGGAACAAUCGUUGGAGGGACAGUUGGCACUAUGUGCACUGUAAUAGUUGUCACAGUUCUGCUUGCUAUUUUCUUCUAUAGAAAACGACAAAGUCGUUACGAAAGUGACCGACUUCGAGAUGAAGGUACUCUAAAUGAUGAAACUCGGUACGAAUACCUUGCCAUGGGUCCCACAAGAACACCUACCGAUUAUUCUGACCUUGAUUUUCAAUGUAGAACCGAAAAGAGCAGUAAGCAAACACCAUUCAAGGACAGCGAUGUGUAUGAAAAUUUGAAACUGACUUCAGCAAAAAGCAGUGCAUCGACAUAAACUUUCUUUCUGUGAUUGGCGUACAGAUGUGUCAAUGUCAAGACUUUAAAAUGCUGAAUCCUUUUAAUAAACAUGCAACGAUGUAUUCCCAAACGCCCAUGCUAUUAAAUUAUAAUGUCAUAUAGAAGUACUUUUGUCAAUAAAGGCAGUGUGGAACAAACAAGAUAUUAGUAAAUCAAGCUGCUUUGUUAAUGAGUGAAUUAAGCAUAUCAAAAUAUAUUGUUUAAAUAUUGACAAAUAUAUUCAAAACCGUAUUUUAUCAGAUGCAAUCAGGUGUAGCAUUUUUAUCAUUGUCACAUGUUAAAAGUGUUUGUUUAAAACGUGGCAUAUCUUCAAUGCCUAAAUAAUAUGGCGGUGGAUGUGAGUUCGUAGUUUGUUAUAGUAUUUUAUUUGUAACACUAAAACUCAU